CUAAGAACUAUUGGUGUGUUCGUUAAAUGCCCCACGGCAUCCGAACUUGCCCAAGCACGUUAAAAUCCCCAGCUAUUCCGUUUCGAAACCAAUAUCUGCCGAGACUUGCCGCCAACGCUUCACUGUUGCGGAUGUUCAUCCGAGCGGCCAGGUCAGGCGAGCUGCUUAUACCUCGAAGAACAACAUUGGCUUUCAAACUUUGUCACUUUAAGCUACUCUACACAGGAUUCACGUUGCCAGCAGUUACCUUCCAUUGGAUUUAUAUGAUUGAUACAACGAAUACGUUACCCCCGCACUUUCACUCCCCGUGUUCUUCUUGGCUGGACCAAUAUCGCGCCUAUUGUUGGACGACCAAGUUGAAACGAGCUCAUACAAUGGAAUUGCUUCACGCCUGACCUGUCGCGGCCAUCUAGUCAACCUUUGAGUCGACCAACCCGCCAUGGCCCGAAUUGGCACACAAAUAGUAAAGACGGGUUGUACAACCUGCAAAAUCCGGCGUAUCAAGUGCGAUGAGGCGCGUCCCUCUUGCGCGAGAUGCAUCUCCGCCGGCCGUAGAUGUGACGGCUACAUCUCCCCACCGACGACGACAUACUACUGGGCGCAACUUUUGAGGUCAUGCCCUGUGAAUGACGCAUCUUCGAUCCGGGCCGCACAGCCGAGCAGGGCCAGCAUCGUCUACGCCGAACAAACGAUGGACUUCUAUCGCAAGGUCACCGCGCCGGUUUUUGCUGGGUCCCUCAAAUCGUACUUCUGGACCAACGUCGUGAUCCAGAUGUUGGACCAGGAGCCUGUUGCUAGCCACGCCGUGCUGGCGCUCAGCUCCGUGUACGAGACUUUCAGCAAGGGAGCGUGGGAAGCAAGUCCCUUUGCUGUGUGGCACUACAACGAGGCAAUCAAGCUUCUCCGCACGACGACGGACCGCGCGCUGAUCCUCUUCGUCUGCGUUCUCUUCAUCUGCAUAGAGCUGCUCCGCCGGAACCCGAAAGACGCGGCUACCCACUGCCGGCACGGGAUCAACAUCCUGAACGAGAUACAUAAUGAGUCUGACUUUCUGCGGAAUCAUGUGACACUGGUUAUGCGGCAGUUGAGCAUCGUUCCAUACCGCUACGGCAUCAAUCCCGCGACGUUUCCGACUGUGCGCAAGCCCAUAUCCACAUCUACCAACCGACUCCAGAAUGUUGCAGAAGCACAUGCCCGACUGUUAACCAUACACGUCCGUCUAGUUCGGUACUUGGAAUCUGCCAAUGAUUGCCAUCUCGAGCCCGGGCAGGAAGGCCCCGAACCGGACGCAAAGUGGACUCGGCAGUUCAUCCUCGCAUACAGGGAGUUGAAGAUGGAGGAGAGAUAUACCAACAGGGAGGAGGAUAUGGUGCGAUUAUUGGAUAUUCGAUAUCUCGUGGCCAAGAUCGCGCUUUUGAGUUCCGACAAGGGGGAAGCGGGCGAAUGUGUGUACGACGAGCACACGGACAAGUUCCGCGCCGUAGUCGUCCUCGCAUCGCAGGCAGAACCCGCACCGUCCUCGUCAAAGUCCUCAGCAGGCUGGGACACUGAAAGCGUUCUGGAACUGGGCUACAGCUCUCUCCUUUUCAUGGCCAUCACCAGGUGCCGUCAACUAAAAUUGCGGCUCGAGGCGCCAAGACUGAUGAAGAAGCUCAUGCAACCCGAGAGGAACAUUUGGGAGAGGAAGUUGACGUGA